AUGGUAACAGCUGUAGAACUGAACUCCUCCAUCAACGCCGCCUCUACUCGAGAAGAUCUUUCCCGGCUACGGUCAACGGCACGUCGUCUUCGGACCAACAAUUGUAAAAAGCGCACCGAAAUUCAGGAGCGUUUGGCUGACAACGACAUUGAUGACAACAAGUUGGCGCUAUUGGAGACUGAGGAAGCUACGUUAGAAGCAGAGAUCAUCGCACUCUCUGGCGCCGCUGACAAUGCUUCCAGCAAGAUCAAUGCGUUAAUGCGAGAGACCUGCAUGGUGAACUCGGCCACUCUAUCAGCGGACGACUCCAACAACAACGCCACCGCAACGCCAACCUCUGCUGAGUCAGUUUCUGGUCUAGUCAGAGCCCUAUCUUCGGCACUCAGUCGUCGGCCUUACGACUCAAGAACCAAACGAGCCGAUAUUAAUCGUCUCCCUAUGCAGGGUCGAAGUCUUAUCGAUCCCUACCAGCUUCCAGCCCACUUCAGACGAUUGGAGAAAUGGUUUGCCAGCAACGAGUUUGGUACUUUUGACGACUCGACUAAGGCCUUCGUUGCCGAUAAGGAGGUGGAAGCUCAGUUGGUUGAGAAGGCUAUAGAGAGUCUCUCCUCUCAUCGUAAUGUCGCCUCUGAGGCGAACACUUUGGUUGAUACCUAUGGUGCUACUUGGAACCAUCUCAAGAACACGCUCAUCGACAAGUUUGCAAAGCCCGAAGACAUCCGUCGUGAGCUCAACCGUAAGAUAUCCCAGCUCACAUACAAGGGCCACUCUAAUGUCGAUGGGUUCAUUUCUGAGUUGCGUCAGAUCCACACAUUGGCGUCUACCGUCAACUCCUCGCCUGAGGACAGUGUUUACUUCAUCGACGACAUUCUUCGGUGUCUCCCACCUAAUGUCCACUCACAACUAGUUCAAGAAAUUAAUCAAACGGCCAGGAUAUGUCGACACAACAGCUCCUCGACUUCGAGUCCUACCACUAAACCAUGGCAGCUCAAGCUACCCCUAGAUGCUCCGUCCGAUCAGCACUCUAUUUUUGGUAUUCUCUCGGACGUGGCACAGUCCCUCUUGGCGUCGACUGACUUUCGAAAGGUGCCACCUGAAUCUAACCGUGGCUCUCGUCGAGAGGACAUGGGAGACAAGAUCUCCAAAGUUAGCGACUCUACUACCAACAGUACCAGAGCACCACCUAGUGCGAUAACUGAAGCUCGUCGCCAACACAAGGAGGCCAAUGACUGGGCGCGGAAACAGAAUUUUGUCAUCAUCGUCAUGGGGAAGGCUCUACGUUCAUCCACUCCUACCGACCCAGGUUUCAACAACGCCUCUGACGUGCGAUUUCUGGUUUCCCGCCAAGGGAAGCGGUACGGCCUGGUCGCGUUUGACUCCAAAGCGGACGCUGAGAAAGUCAUAGCCGAAUACUUUUCGAACAAGGACUCAUUCACUCUGGUCAAGCCAUAUGACCCUGACUUCAAGUCAAAAAACGACUCCGGGCGUCGCAGUCAGUAG